GCGGGGUCUUGUUUAUCCGGAUGAGCGGAUGGACUCGUCCCUCCUCGGGCAGCUGGACUCGCCGCAGUUGGGUUUCUCCUUCGACGCUAACGCCUGAGUGAAACCAUGCAGUCGGCUUUCCUCAGCGUCGCUUUGCUUACGUUCGCACCAUUUGUCCUCCUAACGCAGCUCGGACGGGUUUCAGCCGACGGGCCGGGGAAAGGGUUUGGCGACCACAUCCACUGGAGGAGUCUGGAGGAUGGGAAGAAAGAGGCUGAAGCAAGUGGGCUGCCGGUCAUGGUCAUCAUCCACAAGACCUGGUGUGGUGCCUGUAAAGCACUGAAGCCGAAGUUCGCUGAAUCUAAGGAGAUCUCGGAGCUGGCUCACAACUUCGUCAUGGUUAACUUGGAGGAUGAAGAGGAGCCAAAAGAUGAAGCCUUCAGCCCAGAUGGAGGUUAUAUUCCCAGAAUACUCUUUCUGGAUCCCAGCGGUAAAGUCCGUGCUGAGAUCACAAACAAGAACGGGAACCCAAACUACAAGUUUUUCUACAGCAAUGCAGAUCAAGUGGUGGCCAGCAUGAAGGAGGCUCAGGAGAAGCUGACCGGAGAUGCCUUCAGAAAGGCCCACAUGGGCGACGAGCUGUGAGAAGCGCGGCCACAACACUACAUCACUUUCAAACCACUGUUUGCACUGGGGCCAGCCCAAACCUCAACUCCUCGUUUCAGUUUAUGUGGUCCACUUUAGCGGAGCGGAUUCGCUCUCCGUCCACUGUUCUCCAUGUUUUCAGUCGUUGCAAAGUACCCGCUCUCCGUAAAAUGGCAUAAAUCGAACCAAAGCAUUCUACUUAGCUGUCCAUUUGUUAAAGGUGCUACUGGGUUUGGUCAUCUGACAUUAUGCUGAGGUUCUGUUUGUUAUGCCCUCAUAUAAAUGUUUCGUUGAGCUCAGAGCAAUAUGUCUGCAUACCGCCCUCCUACUGCAUUUUUAAUAGGCGAUUUUGUUCAAAAUUAAACUACUGACUACACUUGAGACGAUGAAACCGUUAUCACGUGCUUCCAAGCUCCAUCUCAUGCUGCAGAAUGACAACACAGUGGCCAGCCACAUGAACAAAGGGCCUUACUUCCCCCACCCAAGCGUGAUGAGCUUAAAAUUUUGUAUUUCUGACUUUAACAGUCCUAAAAUGAUGAGAUUAUUCUAACGAGUAUAUUUCUUAUCCUGCCAAUUUGUGUAAUCCAGUCAGCAGUAUGGAUUUGCCUCUGGUUUUAUAAGACUUCAGAUUUUUACUGUAGUAAAUGCCUAUUAAUAGAAAUGUGAAGGGCCAGUGACACGAGCUGGUGUUUAAAGCGUUUUCUAAAGAGGGAAUAAUCUGUGUGAAAGUGUCUUUGCCAUACUGUAUUUUUUACAUGUAUGUAUAUGGCCAAGUGUACAAUUAAAGUUGGUACUUGAUUAAGGUUA